ACUGUCAGUCAGUACUCAACAACUCAGUGAUAAAAAAAUUUGAAAAAAUGUAACAAGUAACAACUCUAUGUAGAUGAUACAUAUGAUUGAGAAUCAAAUCUAGUACUAUUCAUUCUUCAAUCUCAACCUUCAAAACUAACAAAAAAACAAACACAAAUGUCUCAACCUUUUGUGUUAAUCUCUAUUUACAUUAUUACCAUGCAACUAACUAUUCUAUUUUCACCAUCCACUUCUCAUUACUCUUCUCCAUCACCACCAGCCACACCAUUCAAUGAAUCUCCCCCUACAUCUCCCUCUUCCACUUACUCCGAAUGGCUGUCCGCCCACGCCACUUACUACUCCGUCUCUGAUGACACCAGAGACGGAGUAGACGGGGCGUGCGGCUACGGUGACACUCACAGAGACGGUUAUGGCAUCACCGGUGCUGCUGCUCUCAGUGAGACUCUCUUUGUGCGUGGUCAGAUCUGUGGCGGGUGCUUUGAGCUACGAUGUCUGGAAGAGGAUGUUCCGUUUGAUAAGCGGUGGUGUGUUUCGGGUAGUUCUGUUGUUGUUACUGCUACGAGUUUUUGUGCUCCUAAUUAUGGGUUUGAUGCUGAGAGUGACGGUGGAUAUUGUAAUCCUCCUAAGCAGCAUUUUGUGCUUCCGGUUGAAGCUUUUGAGAAGAUUGCUAUUUGGAAAGGAGGUAACAUGCCCGUGCAUUAUCGCAGGAUAAAGUGCAUAAGAGAAGGGGGAAUGAGGUUUACAAUUACAGGCUCUGGCAUCUUCAAUUCAGUACUGAUCAGUAACGUAGCUGGCAUAGGAGACAUUGUUGGUGUUAAAGUUAAGGGUUCAAGAACUGGUUGGAUUCCUAUGGGUCGGAAUUGGGGCCAAAUCUGGCAUGUAAAUGCGUUACUACAAAACCAACCUCUUUCAUUUGAGGUCACUAGUAGUGAUGGUGUGACUAUAACAUCUUACAAUGUAGCUCCUAAGAAUUGGACCUUUGGACAAACCUUUGAAGGCAAGCAAUUCAAGUCUUAGAAAAAAACAUAACAAAACCUAACUUGUUUCAAAAGACCAUUCUUCUUCCACAAGUUUUGCAAUAAAUUAGGAUUAUCAAACACAUUUUUAU